AAGAAAAUGAUCGAUAAAAUAAAUUAGGGUUUGGAUUUAAAGCUUUCACCUUUUCAUUUCUUUACCCACAGAAAAACCUUUCACUCUCAGAUUUGAAAAAACCAGAAAAACUAGCCGUUGGAUCUUCCCUUCUAAGCAAUGUCGAACGUUGAGAAAGAGACAGACGAGAAGAAAGGGGGAGGAGAGAUUUUGUUCUGCGGCGGAACGUCAUGGGAAACGAUCGGUCGGAAAAAGGGACCCGUCGAAGGCAAUUUGGUUUCCCCAACUCGACUCAGAUCUCUUCUCAAUGUCGACAUUCGUUUCGUUGCAUCUGGUUGUGCUUCGUGUCAUUGUGUGGCGUUGGAUGUUGAAGGACGUUGCUUUACUUGGGGACGUAAUGAGAAGGGGCAAUUGGGUGUUGGUGAUAAGAUUCAACGUGAUAGACCCACUCUUGUGUCUCAACUAUCAAAGUACAAAAUUGUUCAAGCUUCAGCUGGGAGGAAUCACACAGUUGUAGUUGCCGAAAAUGGAGAGUCCCUAGCCUUUGGUUGGAACAAACAUGGACAACUGGGAAUAGGCUCGACAAAAAAUGAAUUUGAACCAUCUCCAGUUAGUUGUCUUGUGUCUGAUGUGAAAACUACUGCAUGUGGGGCUGAUUUCACCGUUUGGUUAUCUUCGGUUGAAGGAGCUUCUAUACUGACCGCGGGUCUCCCACAAUAUGGGCAACUUGGGCACGGGACUGACAACGAGUACAAUACUAAAGAUGGCUCGGUGAAGCUUGCUUACGAAGCUCAACCUCGCCCCAAACCAAUAGCUUCCCUUUCGGGGGAAACAAUUGUUAAAGUUGCGUGUGGAACAAACCAUACAAUUGCUGUGGAUGCAAAUGGUCAUGUUUACUCAUGGGGAUUUGGUGGUUAUGGAAGACUUGGACAUAGGGAGCAGAAGGAUGAGUGGGAACCUCGCCGUGUUGAUGUUUUCCAGAGGCAAAAUGUUUUACCUCCCGACGCUGUUAUAUCUGCUGGCUCUGUUAAUUCUGCGUGUACUGCUGCUGGAGGCCAGUUAUACAUGUGGGGGAAAUUAAAGAAUACAGGUGACGAUUGGAUGUAUCCUAAACCGGUCUUGGAUCUAAGCGGUUGGAAUUUACGUUGUAUGGAUUCAGGUAACAUGCACCAUUUUGUUGGAGCUGAUCAGUCAUGUAUAAGUUGGGGUCAGGCUCAGAAUGGUGAGCUGGGAUAUGGUCCAAUGGGUCAGAAAUCUUCUGCUAUCCCAAAAAAAGUGGAUAUUCUUGAGGGUAUGUAUGUUAUCAGUGUUGCAUGUGGUUUGAGCCACUCAAUGGUUGUAGUUGAUAGAACAAAUGUCGCCGACCAACUUUCUCAGCUCGAUAUUUAUGAUGGCAAGGCUUUCGAAGAAGGGACUGAAGAAGAGCCUGCGAACCAAACUCAGCCAGCUACGAAAAAGAAGAGGAAGAAUGCAAAAGACGAGGAAGAUAAUGACGACGAUGAUUUGGCCGAAAAUGGGCAUAAAGGAAAACGGGGUGGGAAGGUUUCAGCAAACAAAAGCUCGAAAGCACCUGCAGCUCGGGGGAAAACUGGAAAAGGCAAAAGCGGAAGGUCGCGAAAGUCAUAAUUAGUUUAUAAGUUUUCUAACAUGCCAUUUCUAAAAUUUUGGACUCUCAGUGUAGAGAUUGUUGAAUUGAUCAACUGCUUUUGUGUAUUAGAACUUCUUUUACCUUAAGUUAAAUUGUUAACUCAUGGUACAAAUUAGAAGCAUUUUAAAACUUGUGACUUUAAUAUAUUAUCUCUGACCCUUUUCAGUUAUUUGCAUUUGUAAAGAAUAUACCAGAAAUUAUGUUACAUUAUUCUAGUCA